ACCUUUGCGCGGGCGCCUUCAAUCACUUCCGGUUUCCUCUCGUCCGCCUCGCAAAAAAAAAAAAACGUUGGCGAUGAAUCUAUGAAAACGUACUUUCGCUUUCUCUCGCUUUCCCACUAAAGGGAGAAAUCGCUGCCAUAUUUAUCCACAUUGAACGUCCGUACAGCGCUGGUCGACUAACGCCGCUUUAAAGGUCGAUAAACAUGUCCGGCGAAGAAGCGGCCAGCACGGAUGCUAACGCUGGGGAUGAGGAGGAAGAAUGGUUGUAUGGAGAUGAGUCUGAGAGCAAAGACGAGGAAGAAGAAGCCCAAACGAAUGCUACAGACAGUGCACCUGCCGAUGCGUCUACCGAGGAAGCGGCAGCAGCUGAGGAUGGCGUCAACGCUGAUGCGCGUGUUGAAGCUGCACACGCUACAGGAAACGGCGUGGCCUCAGAGUCUCAGGCCACCGGGGACGCUGCGGGCGAGGACGUGGAGAGUGACAGCGACAGUGACGAUGACGACGACGAUGUCCGUGUCACUAUUGGAGACAUAAAAACCGGGGCGCCUCAAUACACACCGUAUGGAGCCCCUCCAGUCAAUCUCAACAUUAAAACACCUGGCUCCAGAUCUUAUGGACAAGUUAAUGCAAAACUGAAAGGAGUGGAUCUUGACGCCUCUGGCAGCAUCAAUGGUGUCCCUGUGCUUGAAGUGGACUUGGAGUUGUUUGAGGAGAAACCUUGGAGGAAACCAGGUGCGGAUCUGUCCGACUACUUCAACUAUGGCUUCAAUGAGGACACAUGGAAGAAUUACUGUGAGAAACAAAAGCGUAUACGCAUGGGCCUGGAAGGCUCUGUGACAAGUAAAAUCACCGUCCAACAAGGCAGGAUAACUACGGAGAAGGACGCACCCACUCUUCCUGUCCACACUUCCAAGCCCGACUUCCAAUCUCAAGUCAAUCUCUACAAGUCUGUCACCAGUCAGGUCCCUAGGAUCUCCCCCCCUCAGUGGCAUGGCCCACCUCUCCAGGACAUGUCUUUUUAUACUAAGUUAAGCGGGAGCAUAGAUGUAAUUGGCGGGCAGACGGCCACCAUCAGUCGAGUGGAAGGGCGACGCAGACACAACCUGGAAGGCAACAACAUCCAGGUGAUCUCCGAACACUCCACGUCAGAGCCAGAGUCUGCCACUCCUAAGAUGCCCACCUUCUUCCCCCCGGGACCCCUCCCUCCAAACAUCCCCCCGCCGCCUUUUCUGCCCCCGCCACCGAACGUCAGCUCUGCGCCGCCUCUUAUCCCUCCACCCAGGUUGCCCAUCACUGUACCCCCUCCAGGAUUUCCUCCUCCACCCAGCGGUCCCCCGCCUUCUAUCAUUCCCACUAUGGACAGCCAUGUUGGAGGUUACGAUGGGCGUCCUUUGCCUCCAUUUCCAUUCCCUCAAGGAGGCUACCCUCCCCCCAUGUCCGGAGGCGUGCCUCCUUCCUGGCCCCCGAUGAUGGAUAACUCCAAACCGUGGGACUACUAUCCUCGGCGGGACGACAAGCGUGACAAAGACAGAGAGCGGCCCCGAGAGAGGACGCACGAGCGAGAGAGAGAUCGGGAGAGGGAACGAGAGCACAGCCCUUCAGUGAUUGGCUACACCAGCGACGAGGAGCGGUAUCGUUACCGCGAGUACCAGGAACGAGCUUAUGUGGACCGCCAUCGCGAGCGGGCAAGUCGCGAGAAAGAAGACCGACACCGGGAGAGGCGGCACCGAGAAAAAGACGAGGGACGCCACAAGUCGUCUCGCAGCAGCAGCAGGAGGAGACACGACAGCGAAGAGGGCGACAGCCACCGAAGGCACAAACACAAGAAGAGCAAGAAGAGCAAAGAAGGCAAGGAGACCAGCGAGGACAUGGGCGCAGACCAAGAGAAUCAGGAGGCCAUGGAGUGAACACCUCUCUCUUUCUCUUUCUCUCUCUCUCUCUCUCUCUCUCUCUCUCUCUCUCUCUCUCUCUCUCUCUCUCUCUCUCUCUCUCUCUCUCUCUCUCUCUCUCUCUCUCUCUCUCUCUCUCUCUCUCUCUCUCUCUCUCUCUCUCUCUCUCUCUCUCUCUCUCUCUCUCUCUCUCUCUCUCUGUGUCUCCUCGUCCCACCCGCCGCGUUGCCCACUUAAGAGGAGAAAGAAAAUGGAGGAGACGGUGCCAGUGAUGCGUGUCUCCUGUCACUUGUCUAAUCAUCAAUCCACAUCAAUCUGCCACCGUCCUUCCUCACCAGGAGGACGGAUGUCGUGGUGAAGGAGCAGACGACAUUGGCUCCGCCUCCUCCUUCCCUUUUGUCCUCCAGCAUAUCUUCUCCUUUUCUUUCUUCCCCUUCAGUUGUCAAUUUGAUUUUUCUUGUGUACGAAGACAGAAAUUGUCACUUAGUUCCAGUUUGUCAACCUCCAUUAAAAAAAACAACACAUUUUUGAUAACUGGUCUUGGAAUAAUGUAUUUUGUUCACAAUUAAUAGCAGUAGUUCUUUAUUUCAACUUUCAAGUUAGUAAUAUUUGAAUGUUGGCAGCAUUUCAGUGUUAAAAAGCAUUCGUAAUGACGUUGGAUUUUUUCAGAUUGAAGAAUUUGAAGGGGCUGUUUGCAACAUUUCUACAGAUGCCUAGAGGGCGCUAACUUUCCAAUGUAUUUUAAGCGUUAUAUCCCGCCCUCUUUUGGCUUCUGUGACCUAACUACGUACGUACGUAGCACAUUAGCUUUGGGCGUUGUUAGCUAAUGUACGCGAUUUGGAUAGUUGGCAUUAGCUGUCAUUGAAUGUAUAUUCUAUGUCAGAGCUGGGCAAAUAUUUUGACUCGGGGGUCCACA